AUGGAUGAAAAAAAAACCUUCAAAACCCCUACAAACUCCCCCACACUCGAUCCUGCAAAAACCGGCACGCCCGACCGGCUUAAGGUCCCGGCCGAGCCAUUCAAAUACUUGGAAAGGUACACUAGCCCAACUGAUCAAAUGAUGUCCCCCGUCACAAGAAGAAUUAUUGCAAGAAGUAAAAAGGGCAUUAAGCUCUUGCCUCCUUCUAAUGCUAUUGCUAAUCAGCCUAAGAUUCAAGGCCUACGACUUCAAGAACCGGGAAUGUUCGAAAGCGGAUAA